GCGAGGAUUCAAACGCGGCGCGGAGCCGGCGCGGCCUCCCCGAUGGAGCCGCGGCUGGUGGGGCCCGGCCCUUACCGCGCCACACGCCUGUGGAACGAGAUAAUAGAACUCUUCCGUGCCGGGAUGCCCGUACGGAAGCACCGCUGUCGUUUCAAAAGCUACGAGCGUUGCUUCAAAGCUUCGGAGGCGGUGGAUAUUUUGCAUGAGCUACUCGGCUCUAAUCAAAAUUUCGGCCCAGAGGUGACUCGCGAUCAAACAGUUAAGCUGCUUAAAAAGUUCCUGAAAAACCAUGUUAUCGAAGAUAUUAAAGGAAGGUGGGGCAAAGAGGACUUCCAAGAUGAUGGCCAUUUGUAUCGAUUUCCUCCUUCCUCACCACUGAAGUCAUAUCCAAAGAAACCUUCAUGUGGAAAGGAAAUAAUUAAAUUUCCAGACUGGAAUGAACCGAAGGCUGGCACUUCUCAAGAACACAUCCCAGUGAAAUCCGUCACAACGAACUCCGAGAUGUGGUACAAGCGACACAGUAUAGCUAUAGGGGAAGUACCGGCAUGCAAACUUGUGUUCCGCAGAGAGCUAACACAAACAAAUAUAGAAGAGAUAUGGAAAUCCAUGACUUUGUCACAAUUACAAAAGGUCUUGGGUUUGGAUUCUCUGGAUGAAGUGUUAGACGUAAAACUUGUGAAUUCAAAACAUAUAGUUCAAAAUGCAUACAAUGUCAAUAAGCAAGGCAUUGUCACUUUAGAAGACAAAUCAAAGGAACUACCUCACUGGAUAUUAUCUGCAAUGAAAUGUCUAGCAAAUUGGCCCAGCUGCUCAGAUUUGAAGCAGCCUACAUAUGUAGGCUUUGAAAGAGAUGUUUUCAAAACUAUAGUCGACUACUUUGACCAGAUGAAAGAACCUCUUCUCACAUUUCAUUUUUUUGAUGUUUUUGUUAGUGUGUUAGGACUGCUGCAAAAACACAGCAAGGCUGUAGAAGCUCUUCAGAUAUCUUGUCUCCUGCUGCCACCAGAAAAUCGAAAAAGACUACAGCUGUUGGUGAGAAUGAUGGCAAGAAUUAGCCUCAACAAAGAUUUGCCACCUCUUUCUGAAUCAGUGAGGACCAGAACUUUGAUGGUUCAGGCGUUUUCCCGUUGUAUCCUCUGCUCAAAUGAUGAAAUAGAUUUGGAUGAACUGCUUGCUGCCAAACUAGUAUCUUUUCUCAUGGAUAAUUAUCAAGAGAUCUUAAGUGUUCCUUCUGCUCUAAAAUCUUCUGUAGAGGAUCAUGUUAUACGUCUCCAGAGAGUCCAAAUUAAAUGUGCUAGAGCUGAUACUGAUGCAACAUUUCCUCCUCCACCAUUUUGUCACCAAAUCAGUACAGAUGAAUUUGAAUACCAGAGGGCAACUGGCUCUCAAGAACCACUGGCAGCUUUGUUGGAUGAAAUUGUAAUGAAUAAAGAAAUACCUGUGAAAGAUAAAAAGAAGAAACUCAAGCAAUUUCAGAAAUCUUACCCUGAAGUGUAUAGAGUACGAUUUCCUACACCUGAAACUGAAGCAGUGCUAUUUCCUGAAAAAACUAAACAGAAACCACCAAUCCUGAUAUGGGCCUUAAAAAAGCCUUUUCAACCAUUUCACAGAACCAGAAGCUUUCGGAUGUAAAUGGUUUGAAAUAUAUCAACGAACUGAGACAGAAUAUUUUAUCAAUGGAUUUUAUGCAAAAGAAGCCUGAGCCAUCAUGUAGCUACUGAAAAAACUACUGGGGAUACUACUGAGAUGAUAGAAAAUGUUGAAAGAAGAAGAGAGUAUCGAGGUGGUAGAAAUAUGAGACAUUUUAUUGGAAUGGGCUGCCCAGGGAGGUGGUGGAUUCCCUGUCCCUGGAGGUGUUUAAGAUGAGACUGGAUGUGGUACUUAGUGCCAUGGUCUAAUAACCAUGGUGGUGUUGGAUCAAGGGUUGGACUUGAUGAUCUCGGAGGUCUUUUCCAAUGUGCUUGAUUCUAUGAUUUUAUGAUUAUCAGUAUUUUUGUAAGUUAUUAGUUUUUUAAAUGUCUGUUGUUUUAAAACAAGCAAACAAAGAAAAACCAGCAGUAAAAACAACAAAAAACCAAACAAUAAAACCCACAACAUACUCAAGGGGAUUAUUCUAUAUGGGUGAUAAUGUACUCUUGCUGUGGCUUGAUUUGCCCAUCAUUUCAAGGUCUAAAUGUAUUUGUGUGCAAUGUAUUGUUGGUAACUAUUCAAUGGAUUUUUUUUUUUACCUGAAAAUGAGCCUCUUGCAUAAACUAGGCCAUGUUUGUGCACAUAUAGCUUGAAGAAUUAACUUGCUGUACAUGCUUGAGUGAAUAUGGAACACUGGAUUUUGGUUUGCUGUUUGUGAGAGACUGAAAUAUUGAAGAUUAAUUACUCAAACAAUUGGUCAUUUGUAAAAGCAAUGUGCUUUGCUGAGGCCAGGUUUGCACCCUCAACUGAGAGGAUGUGAAGAGUUUUGAGUGUGUGGUGGCAAAACCUCUGAUCUGCAGAAGGACAGCCCAGGGUGCAGAGCCGGUGAGCACCCACCACCAGAGGAUGACCACAACAAACUGACUUCUGUUUAGCAAAAAGCUGGGUUUUAAGACAGAUAAGGGAAGAGUCCUAUAAAAAGCAGAUCCUGUGAGGUGUGAUAAUGCUUUCUACGAUGCCAGUUUCAACAACUGGCUCAAGUAUAAAAUUCUCCAUCCCGGAAGAGGUACUGGGACAUUCACACGUAGGCCUGAGGGUAUUCAUUCCUUCUGUUAAGGCAUAAUUGGUUUGAGAAACAGCAGUCAUGUCUUAGAAGGGGUCAUAAACCAUCAAAGACCCCCAAACUGCCCCCAGAACUUUCCAUGAGAGGACUGUGCAUGAUCUACAGUGUUACAACAGACAGUAUAAACUCCCCCCUCCAGGGGGAGAGGUUCCUGGAUGUUGCCACCUGAACCUGAAUGUUUAUGAAUGCAUUGAACUUUAUGUUUCAUGGGCUUCCCCCACCCCUGAUGGAUCAAGUUUGCAACCAUCACUUUGACCAACAGACAUGGUAAUUGCAAUCAAGUCUUGUUGGGUGGUGGUAUCUCUCCUUUCCACUAUCUACUCUUAUCCUUUGUUUCUCUUUCUUGUAUAUUUUCUUGGGUGUUAUUUUUAUACCUUUAUAUUACUGUAUUUCUGUAGAUAAACCCAAACCUGCUACACAUCUUGUUUCCAUUGCAAUCAAAUUGUUCCAAAAUAAACCUGACAUACAUACAUACGUGUGUAUGUGUGUGUGUGUGUGUGCGUAAAAAUCCACCAGUCAUUCUGUUUUGUUUCAUGCUAAUCUGCCCCAAGGGAUCGGUUAUGACCUCAGGGGCAGAUCAUAACACUGUUGGACAUCUUGAUAACCCUGAUAUGUCAGAUUUAUUUUGGAAAACUGUAAAAACUAAUUCUUAAUUUUCUGAAUUCAUAUGAUGCAUUACAGCAUGAGUCAACUCCUGUUGAAAUUCCAUUAACUUUCUGUAAUGCUGACCCAUUCUUUUAAGCAACCCAGUCUUUCCCAUAUGCUUUUACUACAUAUUGCUGUACAAAACUGGCUGCUUGACAAUGGCAUAUAUUUUAUCAAAAAAAUCUAAAGCCUUAUGUUUCCUCUGGAAGUGGAAUUCAAAUACUGAAGUGGCGUUGUAGCAUAUAUGCAUUUAUUGAUUCAGUUUGUUUUGUGUUAUGGAAUCUACUGUACCCAUAACUUGACUGUACCCAUACUUGAUUCU